AUGUCCAAUUCAAAUCAGAUCCGAAGGAUUUCCAGGAGUAAUCACAGUACACAACAGCCUCUAUUAGAAUCCAACCACCGGCCACGCGCUCUCCACACGGCUUCAAUUCCAAGCUCUGUUGCUAACCUAGCCAACACUAUCAUAGGCACUGGAAUGCUAGCAAUGCCUAGUGUGAUCUCUUCCACCGGCUUGAUACCUGCUGUAAUUCUCAUUCUCCUCUCUUCAUUCCUCUCUUCAUUUGGCCUAUACCUGCUACACCUGUCAUCAACCCAGCUUGGAAGCAAACGCAGCAGCUCUUUCAACGCUGUAGCCAACAUCACCUACCCAAACGCUGCCAUCUACUUUGACAUUGCAAUCGCCUUGAAAUGCUUCGGCGUGGCUAUCAGCUACCUACUAAUCCUCGGCCAGCUACUGCCGCCACUCGUUACGUCAUUCUACCACCACCUCACUCCCUCUCACUUUGAACCUCCAUCCGUACUCCUCUCCAGGCACUUCUGGAUUUCCCUAUUCGUCGUGAUCCUCUCGCCUCUAGCCCACAUGAGACAUUUGAACUCACUCAGAUACACGUCGUACAUUUCCAUAUUUAGCGCUACCUACCUACUCAUGAUCGUUGUUCUAUGCGCUAUUCACUCCCCUAUCCCUCUCCCUCCACCUGGCAAUAUCACUUGGGCGAAAUUCGAUUCUUCCGCAAUUUCUAAAUUCCCCGUAUUGGUAUUCGCAUUCACAUGCGCGCAGAAUUUCUACCCUGUCAAGAACGAGCUGCGGUCGAACAGCCACGGGAGCACCUGCGCCGUAAUAGCCAUCUCGAUAGGCAUCGCUGCUGGUCUCUACCAAAUCAUCGGUGUGUUGGGCUACGUCACAUUCGGCGAUAAGGUGAACAGCAACAUUAUGUCCAUGUAUCCAGAUACUUCCAUCUUGAUAUCUUUCGGUCGUCUCGCUAUCGCCGUGCUUGUCCUCUCUUCUUACCCUCUCCAAGUCCAUCCCUGUCGCAACAGUCUCGACAAGAUCAUAAGCAGCGCAAAGACAACCAAGCCCGAGUGGCAGCAGUGGGAGGGUGAUGGAGACGAACACCGUGAUGAUCAAGUUGGUGAUAGCGACGGUGAGGACGCAAAUGACGAGUUUAAAAUUCCUCCUCCUUCUUCUCCUCUCAGACACUCCACCUUGACAGUCUUGAUUUUGUUCUUCACUUGGUCAAUCGCUAUGAUGGUUAGCCAAUUAGACAAAGUACUCGCUUUCGUUGGCAGCACUGGCUCCACUGCCAUCUCAUUUAUCCUUCCAGGUCUCUUUUAUAGAGCUCUCAGCAGAAAUGAUACUGAUCCUAGUCGUAGAUGGCUGCGUAUCGGUAGUCGUUUGCUCAUAAUCUAUGGCUUCAGCGUUAUGUUUUUCUGCCUGGCUUUUAAUUUCUAUGAUAUGUUUACGUAG